CACAUCACGCAGCCAUGGCUAGCAAGAGUCCUGAGUGCGAGCACCCGUCCGUGACGCUUUUCCGACGGUACCUGCGCAUCCGUACAGUUCAACCUGAGCCCGACUACGGAGCUGCUGUGGCCUUCCUUGAGGAGAGGGGCCACCAGCUGGGCCUGAACUGUCAGAAAGUGGAGGUGGCACCUGGCUAUGUGGUUGUUGUGCUGACUUGGCCAGGCACCAAUCCUACAUUCUCCUCCAUCUUACUCAACUCCCACAUGGAUGUGGUGCCUGUCUUCAAGGAACAUUGGAGUCAUGACCCUUUUGAGGCCUUCAAGGAUCCUGAGGGCUACAUCUACGCCAGGGGCACUCAAGACAUGAAGAGUGUCGGCAUCCAGUAUUUGGAGGCUGUGAAGAGGCUGAAGGAUGAGGGCCACCGUUUUCCUAGAACCAUCCAUAUUACUUUUGUGCCUGAUGAGGAAGUUGGAGGUUCUAAAGGCAUGCAGGCAUUCAUACAGCGGCCUGAGUUCCAGUCCCUGAGAGUAGGCUUUGCCCUGGAUGAAGGCCUGGCCAACCCCAUGGAUGCCUUCACUGUCUUUUAUAGUGAGCGGGCUGUCUGGUGGGUGCGGUUCAUCAGCACUGGGAGGCCAGGCCAUGGCUCACGCUUCAUUGAGGACACGGCAGCAGAGAAGCUGCACAAGGUCAUGAGCUCUGUCCUGGCAUUCCGGGAGAAGGAGAAGCAGAGGCUGCAAUCAGACCCUCACCUGAAGGACGGGGCCGUGACCUGUGUGAACCUGACGAAGAUAGAGGGUGGGGUGGCAUUGAAUGUGGUACCAGCCACUAUGAGUGCUGUCUUUGACUUUCGAAUCGCACCAGAUGUGGACCUGGAGGCUUUUGAGAAGCAACUGCAAAGAUGGUGCCAGGAAGCUGGUGAGGGGGUCACCUUCGAGUUUGCUCAGAAAUGGACAGACCCCCGAAUAACCUCUACUGAUGAUGCAGACCCAUGGUGGGCAGCUUUCAGCGGGAGCUGCAAGGACAUGAACCUCACACUGGAGCUGGAGAUCUUUCCUGCUGCCACGGACAGCCGCUAUAUCCGUGCGGCAGGAGUCCCAGCUCUGGGCUUCUCACCCAUGAACCGUACACCGGUGCUACUACAUGACCAUGACGAGCGACUGCAUGAGGCCGUGUUCCUCCGGGGAAUUGACAUAUACACACACCUGCUGCCUUCCCUGGCCAGUGUGCCCGCCCUGCCCACUGAGCACUGAGCCCUAGACGUCCCCCAGCCUCUUCCCUGGAACUUCCCCCCCAAGCAGGGCAAGAACUUCCUCUUCCUCUGCCCAGUUAAAUCUGUGUGGACAGAGGCUGCACCUGAAGUUUUAAGUGCAGACAUCCAUGGAGAAGGGGUCCUCAUUUCUCUGGUGAUGUGCAGUUACCAUCCCCAUUUCACGGAUGCGGUCAAUCUGGCUCUAAGCUCUUGCCUACCAGAGCACAAUGCUCUGUACUCGACAUAAUAGUCCAGUAUCACUGAGCCACACCUACCCACCAAUAAGGAGCCUUAGUUCCUGUGCUCAGUGGCCACCAUGCUUAAAUUUGACCUGUGUGGGUGGGGACACUACUCCCAUUUUAAGGGGAUACCAAGAUAAGCUCCUCAGGAUACUACUAGCUUUCUUGGGGGUACCCUUGGGACCCUAGGGCAGGAUCAGAAUUGGGCCAACUGGGCCCUGCCAUUUGUGGAACAGCUUACAAGGUAUGAAUGCUUAUUUUGUUAGCGUGUUUUGUCAAGACCCAUGGGCUGUGGUAUGGGGAGAUGCAGACUGGCCAGUGGUCAUGGAUCAGUGUGUGUGGAGGGGCCCAGGAGUUGGCCUUUAGUCUCGGUGCCUGUGGGACUCCUUUGAUGACUAAGCCAACAAUCAUUUUGGUUGUGACCGUCCUUUUGCCUGCCAGGUGACCCUGCCUAGUGUUCCAAACCCU